AUGGAAGUAGAGAAGCCUCCAGGAAAAGCAGCAAACAGCGAUUUGAAAGACAGGGUUUGGAUUGAAUCAAAGAAUCUCUGGUGGAUUGCAUUUCCUUCUAUGUUAACAAAGGUUACUCAUUUUGGAACCAUCCAGAAGUUCUUACAGACUCCGCCCAAAAACAUGAUUGUCGGGUGGCUUUCUGCUAUUUCAUUUGUUCUUCAUUUGCUUCUGUCAUGGAUUUUUGUUGUUAAACUAAACCUGGGAAUUCCUGGUGCAAUGGGUUCGAUUAUUUUCACAAGUUGGUGUGAUGCUUUGGUAAGGCUAAGAAAAUUCCACCUCUUGAAUGUUUCCAAUUACUACUACAAUGUAAUAAAUCCAGUUUCUGCAUGGGUUUCUUUCAAUAGCUUGGAGUUAUGGUACUAUGCUGUCUUAGUCCUGCUGGCUGGAUACAUGAAAAAUGUCAAAACUGCUACAUCAGCCUUUUCAAUUUGGACAAUGUCUGUACAGUGUCGACGUCACAGCUUGGGAUUUUAUGCUGUGUCUAGGCUUCCUGUCUGCUACCAGGAAGAGAGGCUUCUUGCUAAAUCAGAAUCUAGUGAUUUGAAAGAGAAGUUUUGGGAGGAAUCAAAGCAGCUCUGGAAAAUUGCAUUUCCUGCAAUUGUGUCAAGGGUGGCUCUCUUUGGCAUCUAUGUGGUAACACAGGCAUUUAUUGGACAUAUAGGGAAACUAGAACUUGCAGCUUAUGCAAUUGUCCAAAUUAUGGCCAUAAGAUUUGCACAUGGCAUCCUGCUAGGCAUGACUAGUGCUAUAGAUACUCUCUGUGGCCAAGCAUUUGGAGCAAAACAAUAUCACAUGCUGGGUAUCUACCUGCAAAGAUCAUUGAUCAUCAAUCUGGGCACGGCCACGGUUCUGCUUCCUGCCUUCAUCUUCUCAGAGUUCAUCUUCAAGCUACUGGUUGAACAAGAAGAUAUCGCUAAACUUGGUGGAUAUAUAUCCCUGUGGUUCAUUCCAAUCCUCUACUUUUUGGCAUUACAUAUAACCAUCCAGAAGUAUUUACAAGCACAGCUCAAAAACUCCAUUGUUGGCUGGGUUUCUGCACUCUCAUUUUUGCUUCAUCUGGUACUGUCAUGGAUCUUUGUGAGCAAACUGAGCUUGGGGAUUCCUGGAGCAAUGAUUGCAAUGAUAGCAUCAACAUGGUUGAUUUUAGUUGGAGAGUUUGUGUAUGUUAUAGGGGGGUGGUGUCCUGAUACUUGGAAGGGAUUCACUUUGGCUGCCUUCUCUAAUCUGUUUCCUGUGUUGAAGCUAUCAUUAUCCUCAGGUCUCAUGCUUUGCUUGGAGUUAUGGUACAAUGCUCCCGCUGUUUUAGUACUAUUGGCAGGAUACAUGAAAAAUGCCACAACUGAAAUAGCCGCCUUCUCUAUUUGCCUCAAUGUCACAGCUUGGGAUUUCAUGAUCUGCGUUGGCUUUUGGGCAGCUAUCAGUGUGCGGGUAGCAAAUGAAUUGGGAAGAGGGAAUGCUAGGGCUGCAAAUCUUUCUGUGAAAGUGGCUGUCAGUACUUCAGUUUCCAUAGGAGUAUUCUUCUGGAUUUUGUGCUUGGCAUUUGGACGUCAAAUUGCCUACUUGUUUACAAAUGAGAAGGAAGUUGCAGACGCUGUUUCAAGCCUCUCUUUCCUACUUGCUUUCUCAGUUCUUCUUAAUAGUUUCCAAGCAGUAUUCUCAGGUAAAUAUGCUCUUCAGUUUUAAUGUUUCAUUCACAUUGAAUUUAUUUUGGUUUUUACAUUUUGGGAAUUUUUAUUUUAAAUCGAAUUUGUAUAUUAAUACAUUUCUUUUUUUUUUUAUUCCUUGAC